UUCGACAACUACAAAAAAAUGUUGAGUUCCAUGGAUGGUGCUGAUCAUUUGUUCGAAGUUUCUGCGCGCGGUCAACUCGAGUAUUGGGAAUGUGAAGGCGAUCAGCAACUCAAUUGGAAAGAUAAAGGUUUCCGCAGUUUAUUGCGGCUACUCAUGCAAGCGCGGAAAGACGAUGCAGCUGACUUGGGCAUACUUGGCGAUCGCAUACGGUAUAACUCACGCGUGCAAAAUAUCGCGUGGAGGGAAGUAAAUGGCGACAUACGCAUACGAAUUUGGAAUGGUGAACUGAUCGAAGCUGAUCAUGUCAUCUGCACUGCAUCGCUGGGCGUGCUGAAGGAAACCCAUCAGCAAAUGUUUACGCCAGCGCUGCCGCCUGCCAAAUGUCGCGCUAUUGAUGGACUCAAGUUGGGCACAGUCGAUAAAUUUUUCAUGGAAUUUGAAGAACCUUUUGAGCAAAGCGAUUGGCCUGGCUUUUGCUUCCUUUGGCGCGAUGAGGAUUUGUCAGAGCUACGCAACUCUGUGAACUUUUGGUUGGAGGGCGUAAUCGGCUUUUUUCGCGUUACUUGUCAGCCACGUUUGCUUCAAGGCUGGAUAAUCGGUUCGCAUGCACGUCACAUGGAAACGCUAACUCAAUCGGAGAUUCUCAAUGCUCUGCAGUGGCUUUUUGAAAAGUUUCUUACUUUCGAAAUGCCAAAGCCAGUGAAAUUUUUGCGCACACAAUGGUUUAGUAAUCCCAAUUUUCGCGGCAGCUAUUCAUUUCGUUCGAUGUAUACCGAAGAGCUAAGCACAGGUAGCACGGAUUUGGCUAUGCCGCUGACGGAUGAAAGAAGUGAAAAACCAUUGCUGCAAUUCGCCGGUGAGGCGACGCACUCAAACUAUUAUUCGACGGUGCAUGGCGCGGUAGAGAGUGGUUGGCGGGAGGCGAAACGCUUAACCGACUAUUAUCUGGGAGAAGUGGUGGCGAAUCUUGAGAUAGGCUGAAGUGGUUGUACAUAUGUAUGUAGAUAUUAGUUAGCGAUACUGUGGUAAUGGUGGAGGUAGAAGAAAUGAUUUACUUAUCAGCUGUUGAGAGCAUUUGAGCGAC